AUGUCUACUCAGAGCUCGAGACCACUAUAUCCUAAAGGCAGUCCUCCACGGCGACCAGAGACGGUCGAACAAGGCUCAUCGACUUCAAGGCAGGCCAAGUAUGUCGCAACUGCGUGCGAAGCAUGCAAGAAAGCGAAGAGGAAGUGCGACGGUGACAAACCUUGUCAAGCAUGUCGUGAGAAGAAAGUGCAGUGCGUGUAUGAUGAGGCAAAGGAUGGUCGAAGAGGCCGCAAGCGUGCGCUUGACGAGCUACACGCAAAGGGCGAGGCACUAGAUGUGAUCCUCGAUUUCAUUCGAACGCACGACGAUCGAGCUGUCGCGGACCUUUCCAGGCUGAUCAAAACCGAUGCCUCCGUCGAUCAAAUAACAGCGCAGGCCCGAACGGCAACGUCCCCCCGAAGCCGUCGAAAGUCGAAAGACCGACCUCGAAUUGAUGUGAUGAGCAUUGCGACCAUGACCGACGAGCCUCUUGUGCGAGUUCCCGCCAGACCCUGGACGAAUGUCACGGCUGACGACGAAUUUGUAUCCCACCUGAUGACCGUGUAUUUCACCUGGCACCAUGAGUCGUAUCCUUGCGUCAACAGAGAUAUCUUCCUCGGCGCCAUGCAGUCAGGGGACCUGGACAGCCUCUACUGCUCACCUUUCCUGGUUAAUUGUCUGCUCUUGACUGCUUGUCUCUACAGUGACCAUCCCCUCGCAUUUGCCUACGAUCGAGAUAGUACAACCAGAGGCCUCCACUUCGCCGACGAGGUAGCUAAGCUCUGGGCAGAAGAGGAAGGGAGAUCAACGCUUGCCCUUCUGCAAGGCUUAGUGGCUCUAUCCAUGGGAUUUGGUUUUCUGAAGAAGGACAGACAGGCGAUGAUAUAUGUUCGUCAGCUGCCGAUAGUGUGUAUUGAGCUCAGCCGCAGAGUUCGGAGCCUGAUCAUCCAGGGCCACCAGGAAUACACCACGGAUGACUACCAGCGGUCCAUGAGAAUGGCAAGAUGGUCUGCGUUCGCGAUUGAAGUUGACUUCUCCAUGAUAUGGGUGAAGCCUCUGGGACUGGCAAAGCCUGGCGCGCCGCGGCCUGGCUUGUACGCCGCCAGGUUCGACCUCCGGGAGAUCGGGGCAGACAUUCUCCCAUCGAUACUCAGCGGAGACCCGGAUGACAGCCCUAUACCUGGCCAUCCUAUACUGGACCGCACGGCGCGCAUGGAGAGGCUGAAGUGGUUGUUCGAGCGGCUGCAAACUUAUCGGGACGAUCUGCCAUCAUACGCUCGAAUAGAUGUAGAAGCAGUGCCGUCUUGGUCGCUUAUUGAACUGCAUCUAUCUUGGAACGACUACCAUAUGACCGUCUGCGGUCUGAUACUGGCCGACAUCAACAUUGCAAGCUCUGUUCGGGAGCACACUCAGUCGGCGAUGCUUGAGUCCUGCCGGGGUAUUGCUGAGCUGAUCGAGUGGUCGGAGCGCAGUCUAGGUCCAACGACGCUGUGGUGUCCUUGGACGUUCCAAUCUGCAACGAUGGCAGCGUAUGCUCUGGUCGAUGUGCUACCCGAAGGGCUCGGCAUUGCCCAAUUAUUGCACGUGGUCAUUGGAUACCUGUCGGUAGCUGCGAAACGAUGGAUGUUGGGACGAGGGGUGAUGAAAAUGCUCUGGAUCCGAUUGCAGGAGCGCAGUUUGGUUGACCAUCUUCUUCCGGCCACCGCAGUGAUUUUUCGGUCCAGCGCGGUCGAUAGCUGGACCGCAGACGACUACUAUCUCUUCUCUGGAUGCAUGUACCCCAAUUACGCUGCAAUCGGUGAAAAGGGUAGGGAGCUGGCUGACAUGGGCGAAUUGCUGGAUCAGUGGUCCCGGUUGAACGUCGUGGACGGCGAAAUAGACCGCAAACAGCUGAAUUGA